AUGGCCCCCCAGACAAUCAAGGUCGCCUUCAACGGUCUCACCUGGGAGGAGAACCCCAUCAAGGUCUCCCAGACGCUCCCUGUCAAGCACACCAUUGCGACCAUGGAACGCAAGUUUGACACCAAGGACAUGAAUGGCUUCGCGAUCGGCUCCUAUGUCAUGACGUACCACCCUGGCACGGAAGACAAGAAGUGCUCCUUUGUCGGCAUGCAGGUCUUUGACGGCACCCUGCUCGGCAAGAAGGGAUCGUUCACUUGCAACGCGAGCGGCAUCUACGAGUGCGGUACGGUAGACACCAAGUGGACCAUUGACCCGGACGCCUCCACUGGCGAGCUCAAGGGCCUCACCGGCACGGGCUGGUACAAGGUCUCUGGCCACAACCCUGGCCAAGAGGUCCCCGGCGAGCUGACGGUUGAGAUGCCUUGA